GUUACGACAUUUCCGUUUCCAUCCGGGUCUUCGUUCUCCUCGCAGCGGACGCGCCGAAGUUUGAAGCUGCUGAACUCGCUGGACUUUCGCUUGUUUACAAUGUCUUCAUAACCGCCUCCACACCUCUCCGCUCUCGGUCCGGACUCCAGGUGACACCUACAUGAAGACACGGUGUGUUUCUGGGUGUGUUUGUAGCUGAGUCGAGGUUUGUGUGGAUUUAUUUGGAGGCCAAAUCUGCUGACCUAGCGCGUAGCAUCCAGCUAACCGACAGACUUCACCGAGGGGACGGCUGGAUUCGGCUCCGCGCUCCGUCCGCCGUCCGACGGCGUUUUGGGGUCUUCAGCAGCGAAGCACAGCCGAGUUGAGAGUAAGAGUUUGCUUCACCUGGAGCCAUGGAGCAAAAUAUAACCGUUAUUGUUCUGAGCGACGACGACGACGACGAGGACGACGACUCCUCCGUCCUGAUUGUGGACGACGGUGAUGAGAACCGAGCAGCGGCAGAGGUCCCGAAAAGCAGUGAAAUUCUGGACGAAGACUUAACCAUAACUUACGCACAGAAAGCUCAUGUCCUGCCUCAUGCCAGAUAUGACUGCACCAUCCCUUUCUGCUGUACAGAGGGUGUCGUCUCGGGGCCGGAGGACAAUAACGCGGCGUAUUGCGAGCAGUGCUUCUGCUACGUGUGUGACAAACCGGCCUCCACGUGUACGUUCUGGACCAUUCCUGGCUUUUGUCACUGUAACGCCCACAAGCGCAGUGUUUACUGGAAAUCUCUCAGAGACAGAAACGUCAUGGGGUACCUCAGCGAGCUCAACUUCCCCUUCCACCCUCAGGACAUGGAUGCAGACCUCAGACGCGCCGAGGUUUCCCUGCAGCAGUUUGCAUGCAGCUUGGCUUUGAAGUAUGCAGCUUACCUGGCUGGGUUUCAGGACCCAAACCGCCCGAUCUGCUCUCACUCAGCUGACAGAAGGAAAGCAAACUGCAAGGGGUGCAGUACUCAGGAAUAUAGCUACGUUGGAGUGAUGGAGCAUAUUUGCACAUUUCUGGAUGAGGCAAUGAAGCAGACGCCAAAGACCUGUACCAUCAUGCUGCUUGGAGCUGUUAAGCUUUUCAUCACACACACUUCACCUAGAAAUUCACGCUUAGCUGACGCUGUGUCGGAUGUUGUACUGAGACUUCUCUGGAGAGUAACGUCGAAGGUGCAGACUUUAUUGGUGGAUGCUGAUUUCCCAGCCGCCUUCACAAACCAACUGCUGCAGUUUUUCCAGGCUCUUCCGCUCCCUCCUGAUUGCAGAUGGCUUAGAAACAGCCUGAAUGUGCUCCCAUGGGACGACCCUUUGCUCUCGGCCGUGUUAAAGGGUCAAAAUGUGACGGGAGAGAGGCACGUCAGAGGCAGACGGUCAGAGGCUCUAUUUGAAACCAUUGUAGUGAUUCAAGCAAGAGUCUGCAAACUCCAGGAAGAAAACAGGUACCGUGAGCUGGCACGCUACCUCAAAGUGGUUAAAAGCGACAGUAUUCCAGUGCUGCAGAUCAUGAAAGACUGGAUCCCCCUGUAUCUGUGUAAGAUUGGUGAUUACAACAGUGCGGUUGAUGCCUUGUUCAUCUCCUCGUGCAGCUCCUCGUGCACUGCCUCCAGGCUCAGUCUUCCCCAGUUUUGUGCUUACCUCAGAAUACUGAUGUCAGGCCAUGCACCAUCAGACAUCCCACGACCCCCACAGCUCGACUUUGUUCCGCGCUCAGGAGUCAUUCUCAAGAGCCAGCCGGACCCCUUACAAAGCUCUGAUUGGAUGCCUGUAGAAGGAGGAUACAGCUUGCUGAAAAGGCUGGAGGUGCUGAAGUUUGCACUGCGAGUUCUCCACUGUAACAGUACAACCUUUGCACAUCCUGAAAGCUGGGUAAGAGUAUUGAAUCUUGACAGCAUGUCUUCGUCUAACUCGGAUGGUGCCAAAGAGAGCACAGCGCUGGCAGAACCUGACCUCAACUUCCUAAUAAGAACGAGGGACACUGUUAUGGGAAUCCUCACUGAACUAACGCGCUCCUCACGCAUUCAGAUCCCUAAAAGCUUUCAAAAAGUGUAUCCUGACCAGGCCAUGUUGCUGUUGGCCACUCAGGCUUUGGCAGCCCGUAUCCUCCACUCGCGGCUGUGCCCCAUCCUGAGUGUCAUCAUGAUGUUUAAGUUGAACCCCUGGGCGGUGCGCUGGCUCUUCCAUAGUCUGACCGUGCGGCCAAACGUGCUGCAGGAUCUGCUCUGUGUGGUUGUGGAGGAGCUGUUAAAGGAACCGGCCCAGCCCUUUUUGUCAAAAGAGGACACAUUGGGGCAUUCCUUCAUCGCGAGUUUCCUGUGCCUUUUCUUCCUGGAGCAAAGUGUAGUUCUGGAUCCCAACAGCUAUCCCACCAGUGCGCUGCUCGUUAGGUGGAAUGAAUCAAAGUACCCCUGGCAGCACUACCUGAGACAACAGCUGGAGUUCAAUGAGGCCAUUCUCACACAAGAGAAACACAGAAUCCUGCAGAUGAUUCGAUGGAGUCUACACCAGCAGUAGUGUGUGUGUGUGUGUGUGUGUGUGUGUGUGUGUGUGUGGGGAGUGGAAGAGAAUGAGGACAGUGUUCUCUUUAAAACUUCCAGAGUGUUCCUUAAGCUCCCAUUUUUGAAGGAAUAUUCAAGAACCAAUGGCAAUGAGUCAGUCUAAUGUCAAAUGCAGUAACUGAGACUCGGUUCUUUUUGUCAGCCUUAAUUUUGUAAAGUUUACUUUGUUUUCAUUUAAUAUUUUACCUUUUUGGAUAUAUUUUUCUUGAAAAGUGGCAUUUUGGAACAUUUUUGUAUUGAAAUUUCUUUGAGAGAAUAAAUGGCGCUGUUCCUGCUUUUUA